AUGAACGUCAACCGGAAAUUUGACCGCUUCAAACAAUGGGCCGGCGAGAGGAUGGGAGGUGAAGUCAAGACCAACCUCUCCGAUGACUUCAAGGCUAUGGAAACCGAAAUGAACGUGCGGCAUGACGGCGUUGAUCGCAUCCACAAAUCCAUGACUGCCUACGUCAAGUCCAUCUCCAAGCGCAGUGAAGGCGACGACAAGGAGAAGACUCUGCCUAUCGCGCAUCUGGGCUCCAGCAUGGUCAGCCAUGGGGAAGAUUUUGACGCACAAUCCGACUACGGCCGCUGUCUCUCCAUGUUUGGUCGCGCGGAAGAACGCCUGGCGCGGAUCCAGGAGACAUACAUUGCCCAGGCGACUUCUAGCUGGCUGGAAUCGCUGGAGCGAUCUCUGGCGCAAAUGAAAGAUUACCAAUCUGCGCGGAAGAAGCUCGACAGUCGACGCUUGGCCUACGAUACGUCUCUUUCGAAGAUGCAAAAGGUCAAGAAAGAGGACUUCCGGAUCGAGGAGGAACUGCGCACGCAAAAGGUGAAAUAUGAAGAGGCCAAUGACGACGUGUUCCGCCGGAUGCAGGACAUCAAAGACGCAGAGGUGGAUGGCGUGGUCGACCUGGAGGCCUUCCUCGAUGCGCAGCUGAGCUACCACGAACAGUGCAGAGAGGUGCUUCUUCAACUUAAGAACGAGUGGCCGAGCAGACACUCGCAAGCCCCUACCCCCAAUGGCCGCCGAACAGGCCGCGCCAGAUCUAACACGGCACACUCGUAUCAGGAACGGUACGAAGCUCUGCAAGAGGAGCCCGCGAACGGGGCGGACGCACGGCCGAUUAUCCGGUCGAACCGGCCGACUUCGGUCUAUACGGGGGACAUGAAAGACGCAUACGCUGCCGAGACGGCCCCUCCUCGACCGGGAUUCAACCGGACAGCGACCUUCGAGGGCCCAGCACAGCUGCGACAGGAACAGGCAUCCGGUUCUCAGCAAUGGCCAGCUCGGACCAUCAGUGAGACUUAUUCUAGCCAGCGGAACGUGGCGAAUCAGUCUCGUCCCAUCAGCCGGGUGUAUGAGGAUCCCUAUCAGGACCCGCCGGAGGAGACCAGCCCGUUCAAUGGCAAUUAUGGAGGGUCUGUAUCACGCCGAGGGAGUUCCGUAACGUUGAAUGGGGUGUCGUUGCAUAAGAAGGCACCUCCGCCGCCACCACCCUCACGGGCGAAGAAGCCUGCGCCGCCGCCGCCGAUGAAGCGGCCGAUGUUGAGUGCUGGAGAGGCAUAG